UGUAGAUAUAUAGAUGCUGUGCAGUGAAAAGUGAAAAACGGCAACUUUAAAGCAAAAAUUAGAUGAAAUAAGAAACUUAACAUAUAUCCAAUUGAUACAUUCGCAAUAAUGUAAAAGAAGUACUUCUGAUAGGUGUUUUAAAUUUGUUGUGAGCUUGUAAAAAGCCUGCGUGGCAGCCGAUGAUUGUGUUUUAUUGAUUUAGAAAUCGCAAACAAAACAGUGAAUUGCAUUUUGCAACGUAUAACUAUACUCAAGUUAAUCUAUACUGUGUGACUGAAAAUAUUUUCUGCAUUUAAUUAUAAAAGCAAAUUAAGGUGUGGUGAUUUAUGCAACUCCUACGCCGAUUCUCUCAUUCCAAACGAAAUUCCAAACGUGGCGCAAGGAGGUCAGAAAAAGAAUUGAAGUAGAAUAAGUGAUGUAAGUAAAUAUAGGAAAAAAACGUGCUUAAAAAUUAGAAAGUAUUAGGUAAAGUAUACGUUAAUAAUGAAAAUAAACGAAAUGUAUGAAAUAAAGUGCGAUUCUCUGUUAAAUAAAAAUUUAAUAUCUUGAAGAAGAUACUGCCAUCCUAUGGGAGAAAAACCGCGCUCUCAGCUCAACCUAGUGCUAAAGUUUCGUUCAGUUUUUUGACAUUUACUUGGCUCAUGUUUUGACAUCUGCUGACAACCACAUAAGCAAAAAUUUGACAGUGAAUUCACAGCUUCAAACAUUGGCAUGUGUGUGUGAAAAAAGUAAUAGAAAAAAGGUGUUUACGUGCUUUAGAAGUGCGUGAAAAUAUAUUACGCGGUUGCAAUAAGUUUAUAAGUAACAAAUUACGGGCAUAAUCGACUUACCUGAAUUAAGAGCUCAUAAAUACAUACAUAUAUAUGUAAGUAAAAAUUAAAAUUGACUUGCCACAUUCGCUACGGCACAUUGUUGUAUCGAUUCAGAACAUUGUAACCAUCAAUAUUACCAGCAGCAUUAACUCAACUUUAAUAGCACUCACCACCCCUACCUUGCGUCGAACGGCAAGUGACGUCGUGAACGCCGCCGUCGACAGCGUUGCGCCAGCAAACGUAUCAACAACAACAACAACACCAACGGUGCAAAGUGAACAUACAUAUGCAUGUAGAGCGGCUGUGUGCGUGCGAUAGGGAUGCUGACUGUCAGUGUCACAGCAGCAUUUUAAUCAUGUGCUUGUAAUUGUAUAUGUAUGUGGAAGUAAAAGUGGUGGCAGCAUCCGCCGAAUCCGCUUUACCGUUCGUUUCAACGCUCAACGUGCGCAUUUGUCGUUUAGUCGUCGUGGACUGCUGCGCGAGUAGAGCUAGAAUAAGUGAAAUUGUUCAGAAGAAAAUAUUGCAUACUUUUGAGAGUUAUUGUUAUGUAGAAAAUGAGUAGGUAAAAAAUUAAAGCACACAAAAUUCAGCGCUAAGUAAAGUAUGAAAAGUUCGGUAAAUUAAACAAAAAGUGCAAAAUUUGGUUUACUGAAAAGAAAAAUAGAAAAGUCACUCAGAAGUAAAUGUAGAAAUGUAAAUGUAAAAAGUUCCGAAUUAUAUUUAAGGUGAAAAGGUUGAAUUACAGUAAUAAUACAGCGUCUGGAAUGCGACUAAAAACUUCUAGAAAAUUUCACAAACCUUUAGACAAUUUUUGAAAAUUGCUGCACAAAAAUUCCUUCGCUGCCAUUUGCCAGGAUCUUUGCAGAUUUCGUCUGAAAUUGUGCGAAGAAAGUUGGUAGGUGCCAAUAUCAAAUUUUGUAGCUGUUUUAAUAGAACGCCUGAGUGAAAGUGUACGAAAAAUUUAGUAUUUAAUUUGGAUAUUUGCUUGAAGAGUAAAUCUUAUAUUUACGCAGCAAAAUUCGUAUAUAAUAUAUGGAAAUGGAAUCGAAAGACGUGUAAAAGUAUAUAUCAUUCAAAGGUAGUCGUUGAAGUUUUCGCAUUCGUCGUAUAUUCGUGUAACAGAACAACAGUCUAUGUGAAUGUGAUAGUGCGCUUGACUUUUCUCUCUACAAAUUAUAUUUGUUGUAAGCGACAAAGCAUUAGAUUAGAAAGUGGAAUUCGUGAAAAAACAAGCACUAAAAGUUGGUAAAAAGUGAAAAUAUUUUUGUGCAUGCUUAUGCUUGAGUUGAGACAUACAAACACAUAUACACUAAGGAAUGAAUGUAAAAUUGAUAUCUUAAUCCGAUUUUAAAAGUUGUGGAAAGAAAAAAUUCUAAAAGGAAAUGUGAAGAAAACUGUUUAAAUUUAUAAAUAAAUUUAAAGCAGCCGUAAGGUACGAAACAAUUAUGUUCUUGCUGAUAAUAAUAAAGUACAUUAAAGCACAAAGCAAAAUUGCAAAGUUUUGAAAACACCCAAAAAUUCGGCAGUUGUCGCAGUCGAGGAGAAAACUGACGCAGCAGUAGCAGCGGCCGCGACAAAAGCACCAACAAUUUUAAAAAUCAAAGGAACUUGACGAAGCACUAGAAAAGAAAAAGCAAUACAAUAAACACAAACACAUGUCCUGUGAGUCAAAGAGAGCGAAUAAUUAAAUGGCUUACACAAGAGAAGAAAGAAAAAGAAGAGAAAGUUCCCAGCAGUUCAGCAUCCCCAGCACUGAAAAUUGAAUGAAGCAGCAUCAAUGUGGAGCAGUCAAAACUAAUAAAUACAUAUACAUAUAUGUAUGUAUAAAAUUGUGAAUGUAUGCGAACAUCAAAAUAAACAAAAUUUUAUAGUUGAGUUCCCAACGCGACAACGCGUGCAAACUACAGUAUCCCAAAAUCGUCUGUGGUUAAAGGGUGGCAUUCAUUUGAGCACAUCCAACAUUAAGCUCACUAUUAAACGCGAAACGCUUGUCGACAACAAUAUAUGUAUAUCAAUCGUAUAUAUAUAUAUAUAUAUAUUAAAAUAAAGAAAUAAACAAUAAAUAGUUUAAAAACUCCGCGAGCUCCACCCAACAAGGAUAAAAAGUAAUUGAUGUGACCUAUCUCAAUAAAACACCUUACAUAUCCGUUUUCAAACAGGGAAGGCGUGUAUGCCCAAAUUGAGAUUACAAGUUGUCUUAAUUGGUAGUCGUGCAUGUAUGUAUGUGUAAUUUGAGUCUCUAAUCAUCUGCCGACCAUUGCCAGAAUUCUAUUACAACGAUCAAGCAACAUUGUUUUGCUGAAAGUUAAGGCUUCGAAGUAGUUUCUUCAGAAAGGUAAAACACCUUUAAUACUCCUAAAAAUGGGCGCCAAGGAGAGUGUUGAAGCAGCCGCGAAAAUGAAUGCAGACGGUUGGGGUCACGUAGAGCGCGGUAGUCGGUAUCACGCUCAUCGUCACAACCAACGUUCGCAGUCCUUGAAUCGCGGUCAAACGCUUUCACAAGCAGAUGUAAGCGGAAUGUGGUGACAUCGGGGUGCCUCAGGUAAAGCUGCAGGAGGUCAGGGCGGUUGUGCGAGCUGUGCCAUGGGUAACAAGUUGAGCUGCUCCUGUGCGCCAUUGAUGCGCAAAGCGUAUCGUU